GCGGUGGUGAUGAAGGAAAGGUUGAAUUAAGAAACACGCCACGACCACAUUUUGCCGUUGAAUCAGACCAUCUGUCUCCAUCUCCAAACGAAUCCCCAAUCUCCAAUCUCCAAAUUCCAUUCUCAAUUCUCAAUUCUCAAUUCUCAAAACAAAACCACCAACAAGAAGAAGAAGGUUCCAGAAGCCUCAAGGAAGUAAUCUCCGAAGAUCGAUCGGCCUCUGUUUUGGUGUCGGUGGAUAUGGAUGUUCCAAGCUCAUGGGACGCGCUUCGCAAACAGGCUAGGAAACUUGAAGCUCAGUUGGAUGAACAGAUGAAUUCUUAUCGUAAGUUUGUCUCUGCAAAGGGUUCUGUCAAAUUUGAUGCUGCUGAUAAUGAGCUUGAAUCUGGGAUAGAUCGACUAUUAAAGCAACUCCAACAAGUAAAUUUACAGAUGCAAGCAUGGGUAUCAUCAGGAGGAUCAGAAAUGGUUUCUCAUACCUUGACUAGACAUCAAGAGAUUCUUCAAGAUCUCACUCAGGAAUUUUAUCGUCUCCGCUCCAGCCUUAGAGCUAAGCAGGAGCACGCUUCACUACUUGAGGAUUUUAGGGAGUUUGAUCGAACAAGAGUUGACUUGGAAGCUGGUGGAGAUUCUGCAGAAAACACUCUCCUGAAAGAACAUGCUUCUGUUAGCCGAAGUACAGGACAGAUGGAUACUGUGAUCUCUCAAGCUCAAGCAACUCUGGGUGCACUUGUCCUUCAACGUUCAACAUUUGGCGGUAUUAACUCAAAGCUCAGCAAUAUUGGCAGUCGCCUCCCAACGGUAAGUCACAUCCUUUCUGCAAUAAAGCGUAAAAAGUCUAUGGAUACCAUCAUUCUUUCGCUUGUCGCAUCAGUGUGCACAUUUCUCAUAUUUAUCUACUGGUUGACAAAGUGAGGCUGCAAGAGGAACUGGUAUAUGUGGGGGAUUGUGUAAGUGAGAAAGAGAAUUGUUACGAUUUUUUUGCUUCAAUUUUUCUUUGAUGAACCAGUUAUUUGUCUCUCAAAUGUUUAGGUGUAUGAAAACAAUAUCAAUCUAUGCAGUUAUUUCCAGUCUAUUGCUUGUUCA